CGGAAGAGAAGCGUGAGUCUUUUCCAGCCAUCUUGUGGCAUCUAUCAGCGAAGUGCUCGCUCAGGCCCCGUAGAAUCGGAGGAGAAUCCUGCUGAAAGGGGGCCAUCAUGCCCGGACAACUGCAAGAAGAGUUCGGCUGUGUCGUAACCAAUCGGUUCGACCAGCUAUUUGAUGAUGAAGACGAUCCGUUUGAUGUUUUGAAGCAGGCAGAAAAGAAGAAGAUGGACGCGACCGCUCCUGGUGCCGCCAAGACCGCCGCGCAGGCUACAAAGCAGCCCAAGAAGGAGUCACAGAAAGAAAAGAAAACACAAGUUUCCGAGAAGGAAGAGACACAAGCUCCCGUUCCCCUUAAGAAAGAUGGCAUGAAGAAGAUGGGCCGCCGGCCGGAGCAGCAGGGUCCAACAGGAUUCCAGCAGCAGGGAGGUCAGGGGGAGGGUCGACCACCAGCUGACAGACGGCCUGACAGGAGGCCUCCACGUGAACGACGCUUUGACAAACCCACUGAUGAAAAACCUGCUGAGGGCGGAGAAUUCUCAGUGGAGAAGUCUGUCAGUGACAGGCCGUUCCGGGGUCGUGGAGGUGCCAGAGGAGGGCGCGGAGGCCGGGGCAGAGGUGUUGGCAGGACUGACGGCUUUGACUCGCGCGGCAAACGCGAAUUUGACCGACACAGUGGCAGCGACCGAUCCAGCCUGAAAGCAGAGGAAAAACGUGGAGGGAGUGGAUCUCAUAACUGGGGGACUGUUAAGGAUGAGUUGAGUGAGCUUGACCAGUCAAAUGUCACUGAGGACACCCCUGAAGGAGAGGAGCACCCACCUAAUGACUCAGAGAACAAGGAGAAUGAGGUUGAGGACGCUAAAGAAGAAGGUCCUAAGGAGAUGACUCUGGAUGAAUGGAAAGCCCAGCAGGAUAAAGAGAGAGCCAAAGUAGAAUUCAACAUUCGUAAGGCCAACGAAGGAGCUGAUUGGAACAAAGGAUACGUUCUGCACAAGUCUAAGGCUGAGGAUUCCUCUGCUGAUGAUGCCUCUGGAGAUCACCAAUCCCGCAAGCCUGCGAAUGACAUUACAUCCCAGCUGGAGAUUAAUUUUGGUGACCUGGGUCGCCCAGGACGUGGUCGUGGAGGACCCCGAGGUGGAAGGGGAGGCCGUGGGGCCACUGCUACCAGGCCACCUCGCGAACGCAGGCCAGACAAGGCCGGUGGAGUGUCUGUCCCUAAUGUGGACGACCCAGAGGCUUUCCCAGCCCUGGCUUAAGCUGCCCAGACAGCGCUCCGCUCACCCAGGAGGAUAACUCCUCAACGGGUUCCUGUCUACGAGGCUUGCAUGCAAACGGAUCCGUCAGCAGAUGAAAUGAUGGAAGACCGUCAUCAUGCCAUUCACCCCUGAGGACUGAUUUUACUUGUUUUAGAAAAAAAAGGUGGAAAAAUAAAAAACCAAAAAAAAAAAAAACAAA